AUUUUUUUUCCUCACUUUGUAGCAGACAUUGCUAUUGAGGCUUAAAGGGAAGGAUCUGCUGUUCUGCACAUCAUCCCUGUAUACAGUGCAGCCAUGAAAUUUCAAUACAAAGAGGAUCAUCCCUAUGAAUACAGGAAGAAGGAAGGAGAGAAGAUUAGGAAGAAAUAUCCAGACAGGGUCCCUGUUAUCGUAGAAAAGGCUCCGAAAGCUCGAGUCCCAGAUUUAGACAAAAGGAAAUACUUGGUGCCGUCAGACCUCACUGUUGGACAGUUUUACUUCUUGAUCCGGAAGCGGAUUCACCUUCGCCCCGAGGAUGCACUCUUCUUCUUUGUCAAUAAUACAAUUCCCCCUACCAGUGCAACCAUGGGACAACUAUAUGAAGAUAACCAUGAGGAGGAUUGCUUUCUCUAUGUGGCUUACAGUGACGAGAGUGUGUACGGCAAGUGAUGCGACAUCUGAUGGGAAAUUCCAAUUAACACCAUCACCACCCUCACCUACCAUAUCACCGAUCACCCGACCUCUAGGACUGCACAGCACAUGGAACCUGGUUAUAUGGCUGAUUGUAUUGGCAAGUUUGGGAGGGUAGAAGUGGGAGGGAUUAUAAUUCACAACUAUUAGGGCUGGGCAGGACUUGGCUUAAACUAUUUGACACCCCAAGGAUUUUAAAUGUACAGUGUUGUGCAUUGAAUAUUAUGACCCAGCAACUCAGGGCACAUGAACGGUAUUACAGGGGCUAUGGCGUUUCAUGAUGCUGCACCUGCCAUAUUGAGAAGAAAAUAGCCUGGUUACUGGUCUAACAUGUCCGUACAUACAGAAAUGACAGGUCUAUUCUUCUCCCACAAAUGUUUUCCAUUAAAUCAAACCUUAACACCCCUCUUCUAAUUCUUUCAUGUCUGUGCAGUAAACAACCCCUCUUAUUACAAUACAGGGAAUUUAAAGGCCUUUUUUGGGGGGCCACAAUGAAUGUUCACCUGUUCCACCUGCCUUGCCUGCAGGUCAUAUUAGAGUCAUAGAUCCGACCCUACGGUUCUCAUCAUUUUCACACUUUUCAAGCUUCUUUGACCAUGAUGCUUUUAUGUUCAUUCUUCAUUUUAAUACUACAGAAAAGCUUAAACACUUGAGGUAGGUAACAAGUACAGACAAACUAGUGAUGUGCUGUAAACACAGAAAUAUAACCGUUUCAUGUUUCAUCAAAUCGUAACUGGAUUAUUUAUUUGGAGUGCACUUUUUGAAAGCUAUACAGCAAGUGUCCUUUAGGUGGCAGUGUGGGUAAAGUAAAAUGGACAUUUUUUUAAAUCAUGAUUCAGCUUAUUUUAAUGAUACGUUUCCUGUUUUUUUUUUUUUUUUCUGUUUUAUUCAUUAUUUAUUUUGUUAAGAUGUGUAAGGAAUGAAAUACUGGAGUUAGAGCACAGUAUUUGAGAAGUUUUCUUUGUUAAAGAGAUUAUCCAUCUAAAUUAUAAAUUAAUCGGGAUGGCACUAAGGCCUAUUUUACAUAGGUCAUCUAUGUCACUUUAGUCUUAUAGGAUAAAGUUAACAUUGAAUUAUACAGUAGAAAGAUGUAAUGUCAGUUUAUAGAUAAGGCAAAAGUCAAGUUCAAUUCCGUUCAUAUUGCACUACUAUGUAAUAGUGCAUAAUAGAGCCUUCUGCGAUGCAGAAGGACUCACUUGAUGGCAUUACAUUUGCAAUAGCUACAUUUAUCAUGAAUAGUAAAGAUGCAAAUGCAUGUUUGUUCUAUACACAAACUAGGGCUGGCAUCGUCUUUUUACUGUCAUGCACAUUGGUAUCGCACCUUAAAAAGAAACAAAACUACGCCUCUGCUUAGUGUCCAUCUGGCCUUUACUAUCUCAUCCUGUGAGAUAUAUAUAUUUUCUAAAUUUACUUUUAUUAGGAGACUCUUAAGGCACAAAAGUUAAAGUAUAUCCAGUUAGUUUGUCAAACAUUUAUAGCAGCGAACAAAAAUGUGACAGUAAGCCCCCCCCCUUUAGAAAUGCAUUUCUAAAAUAGUUAAGCCAUCGGUACUGUUGUAAAAGAUACUGACUUAUAGACUCUCAGUAAAGGGGUAAAUACCAGCCAGGCCCCUGUAACACUAGCUUCAACCAACCACGUAAAAAUAGAAAAAUAAUACCAACAUUAGUGGGAAAUUGUGGCCAUGAGCCUACUCGCUGACUGAAAAUACGUAUACAGCUUCAGUUGCUGUAGUAAAUAUUAUUAUGAAAUAAGUUACUGGGCUUACUGGGGCACCAUAAGAAUAAGGGGUACAGUGGUAGUCAUCUCACCCAGGCCCUGGUGCCUAAGAGUCCCUCAGUGGCCCUCUGCAACAUUAGUACUCCACAUGGUACACAUUGGUUUGAGGGUUCACUGUUAAACUCCUUUUUUUUUGGGGGGGGGGGGGGGGGGCUUGGAACUUCAGAUUAGACCACUGACUAACAGGAUGUAUGACAACAAAAAUCUAUUUUCUCUACUAAAGUUAUAUGAACAGUAUAUGCCAGUCUUGGUUAUUGUGAUGUAUUCUCUGUAGCCUAUGUUGCUAUGUGCAAAUAUUUCAUGACCAAAUUAAUUCACUUUUUGUCAUGUUAUAUUGUUUAUAACUUUUUGUUUUGUUUUUACAAUUUUGCAAGUUCUGUUAUGUCUGAUUUAUUACUGUCUCAUUACAUGAUUUGAUCUUAUCCCUAUAUUUAAAUAAAACUAUAAACACUUAAGAA